AUGAGCUCCUCGACGCCUUUCCCACAGGGUGAAGCUUUCCGUUUUACUUUCUCGCCCAAUGCUCAGCUGGUUCUAUGCAUCAGCUCUUCGCGAAUCGUGGUCAUCGACGUGGCGAAUGGUCCGGCUGUUGUGAGACAUGAGUUGAAGACUUGGCGACGUCCGUUAGAUGCUGCUAUCUCGGAUGAUGGUGUUCUUCUUGCUGUGGUGUCUUCCAGCCACCAGGUUCACAUCUAUACUCUUUCCCCUCUCGAGGCAAAACAUAUCCAGGAACUUCAGUUGAAUGAUGUGCCGCGAACUUUGGCACUCUGCCCGAUGGGGGGAGUUCUUGCCAUCGCAUACGAUGACCGGAUUGAGGUGUAUGCAAUCGGAGAGGGGGCCUUGGCAACGGAACGACGAGCCGUACGUUGUAAUGGAGUCGAUUCAUUGUCGUUCUCGUCUGAUGGCGUUAUGCUACUUGGUUCUUGCAGCGAUAAUGAUGAUAGCGAACUCGUUACCAUCACCGUGCCGUUUUACACGGAGCCGGACUCCGAUUCUGCACGAGACGCCCAAAUUCGAAUGUGGACAACUCAGAUCCUCUUUCCCGACCUCAUCCAAGGUUAUAGCCAUGCAUGCCUGCUCCCAAUGCAUGCCGAGGGCGAGGGUAACUGGAUCCUUGGAUUUGACAAGGAGAUUGGAGCCUUUCGAGCAAUCGGGGCCAACAAUGCAAAUUCCGGUACGACGUAUUUUGUGAGCCCCAUGUCUCCAUGUGGAUCGCAAGAAUCUCCGCCCUCCAUGCUGCCAGCCGUCGAUUGCGAAGGUGAGCUUGCUGCAUUGGGAUUUCAGGAAGCCGGAUUGUGGGUGUAUGGGCUGCCAGAUCGCCUGGACAUUGCUCCCGCCGCGUCCUCUGCUGCAGGACGCGCUACAGUGAAUGAUGGCGAGGAUUCCCGGGAGGUAGAGACUUUGGCUUUCCCAGUACAGGAUAGCUCGACACGACUACAGCAGUCCAUUCUAAGGCCUAAGAUGCUUAUUAACGGCCAUAAGAUGAGCGAAGUGCCUGGAAUCACCGCGGCCCGUUGGGUACAGCAACUCGACGGCGCGUCGUCCCACCGUAGGCUAGUGGCGGUGGCCCCGGGCGGCGUGAAUCCUCCGAGCUUUGGCGAGGAAGAUGUUCCGGUAGAUGGAGGACGGGUACUUCUCUUCGACUUUACGCGGUCCGCUAGCGACGGAGAUGUGACCGAGCUCAGUAUUGAGAUUGGAGAGGCCGAGCCUAAGAUGCUGAAUGAACCAAAUGCUAGCAUGGAUACUGCUGUUGAACUAGAGCGAAGAAGGACACGAUUGCAACGUGGCAAUCCUCUUCGUGCACGGCAUGCUGCCCGCGAGUCAUACCCUGCUGCCUCUCCCACGUAUCAAGUCUCCCCAUUGAAUCUGCGUCGCAAUAGUUCCUACCUGUCUGGCUCCUCGAACGAUGCUGGAGAUGGCGAAUUUCCCCCAGUGCCAGAUAGCCCCUACGAUAAUACUCAACCUCGGUCUCACGAUACAUUGCGCCGUGCUGCUACGGCUGCGGCCUUAAGCCGGGGACGGUAUAAUCCGAGGUACCGAGAUGAAGGCCGUCGGAUGUACGACGACAGGCGGAUUCCUCCCCUCUUCCAGGUCCCUCAUGAAAGCGACGCAGAUAAUUGGGUCCCUCCGCCGCCCCCGUACUCCCGCGAACCCGACGGGCCGCUGCCGGAGAGUCUCAGGCGAACUCUUCUUCCCACGGGAGCUAGUGCAUCGUCACCUCAAAUUCACAGAUCUCAAACCACGCGUCUGAACAGUUCAACAGAGGACAUGCCGAAUCUCUCCUCCUUACAAAGACUCAGCACUAUUACCGGUUCUAGGUUCGCCUCGCGCGCGAGAAGAAACACGCGUGAUUCCGACGACCAAACUCGACGGCAUAGCAGUUUUAUGCGCCGGAGGACUAAUUCGGGAAGCCGCUUUACGCAGAGCAUCGAGGAACCCGAUGUGCCCGCGGUGCCUCCAUUACAAGGCCUGGACAGCUCCCCGCAGCGGCCGCAAACCGCUGGUCAUAUCGCAUCACUACAGGAUCGCGACGAUGUUCAGGUCGCUUCCACGGCUGAGAUCUCACAAGACCCGAUUCAGGUGGCUCCACGCCAAACAGACCAGCGUGAACCAGGUAUGGGUCACUCUGUCGAAGAAGAUUUAGAGGGCCAGGAAGAUACUGUGCCCGCACUUCCCACCAUGGCAUCUAAUCUAAACUAUCCAUUUUCUCUCUCGUCACCUAAUCUCCAGGCCUUCGAACCUCAAUACGAGUCUCCGGAGAUUAUGAGGAACACGUGGCUCCGCCCUGGGCAACGCAGAUCGAUAGACCGACGUUCGCAAUCCCAGGAUCUACGGAUGUCAACGGCAAACAUUGUGCCCUUGAAUCGUCGUGCGUCCACUGACCCAACUCUUUCCUUGAGCUCCGAGCCGUCCAAUGAUCUCUGGAGAAGACGGAUCGAAGAGUGGAAUGAGCGAACCAUCCACGAGAGAAGCAAGAGGCGGACUAAAUGUGUCGUGAUGUAG